AUGGACAUCGGCCUAGACAGCCAAGACCCCAUGAUGGAGCUGACAGGCACCAACUCCUCGGACCUUGAUACCCAGCAGAAGAUGGAGGGCUUCCAGGAGAAUGCCUAUGCAUAUGCGGGCAUGGAUGGCAGCACCGAGGCCAGCGUCCUCACGGAGCAGGCCAUGAAGGAGAUGGCCUACUGCCACUUGCUAUACAUCAUCUCUCCUUCCCAAUACAUAGCUCCAAAUCUUGAUCAAUUUCUCUCUUCCCUCCUAGCCUCACUCCUAACCCUCUGGAGCCUGCCCACCACUGCCCAGCUCACUAUUGAGUCAGUGCCGCCCAAUGCUGCCGAAGGGAAGGAUAUGCUUCUCCGCGUCCACAACCUGCCUGGGAAUCUAUUCGGCUACACCUGGUACAAAGGGGAAAUACCGAACAGCAGCCGUCAAAUCAUAUCAUAUGUAAUAGACACUCAAACAAUUACCCUCGGGCCUGCAAGCAGUGGUAGAGAGAUAAUUUACCCCAAUGGAUCCCUCCUGUUCCAUAACGUCACCCAGAAGGACACAGGAUACUACACCCUACUAGCCACAGGGAAAGAUUUACAGAACAAACUAGUAACUGGACAGCUUCAUGUAUACCCGGAGUUACCCAAACCCAACAUCACAAGCAACAGCUCCCUCCCCGAGGAGUACAAGGACCCUGUUGUGUUAACCUGUGAACCUCAGACUCAGGACACCACCUACCUGUGGUUGAUCAACAGUCAGAGUCUCCCGGUCAGUGCCAGGCUGCAGCUGUCCAAGGACAACAGGACUCUCACUUUACUCCCUGUCACUAGGAAAGACACAGGACCCUAUGAGUGUGAAACCAGGAACCCCGUGAGCGCUGGCCGCAGUGACCCAUUCACCCUGAAUGUUGUCUAUGGCCCGGAUGCCCCCACAAUACCCCCCUCAGACUCCCAUCACCUACUUGGGACAAACCUCAACCUCUCCUGCCAGGCAGCCUCUAACCCGCCUGCACAGUAUUCUUGGCUUAUCAAUGGGAGUUCCCAGCAACCCACACAGGAGCUCUUUAUCCCCAACAUCACUGCAAAUUAUAGUGAAUCCUAUACCUGCCUCGCCCAUAACUCUGUCUCUGGUCUCCAUAAGACCAUAAUCAAGACUAUCACAGUCUAUGAGCCCGUGGGAAAGCCCUCCAUUCGAGCCAGCAAUGCCACAGUCACAGAGCAUAAGGACGCGGUGGUCCUGACCUGCAUCACAAAUGACAGGGGGAUCUCCAUCCGGUGGCUCUUCAAGAACCAGAAUCUCCUGCUCACAUACAGGAUGAAGCUGUCCCAGGGCAACAGCACCCUCACCAUAGACCCCGUCAGGAGGGAGGACUCUGGGGAUUAUCAGUGUGAGGCCUUCAACCCCGUCACUUCCGGCAAAAGUGAGCCCCUAAGGUUG